CAGUAACCACACGACUGCAACCGGACACGAAGACCGAACGAAUGAUUCUCUUAGUGCAGUACUGUGACGAGGAUUCAGCACCUUUGGAACAAAUUCAGGACUUUUGUGCAGCAAGUGGAAGCGCGUGCAGUUACGGUCCAUAGGAAUGAAGGGUUAGAUACGCCAGCUCGCUGUAGCCGCCUGGCUAACCGACCUGCCUGCUGGCGGCCAUGUUGGGAAGGUCGUCUUCCCAUAGAAGGCAAUGCGUGACACUGAAAUUGGAAUUGGCCGAGUUUCGUCUACGUGUUCUUUAUCUCGUUUUAGCCAGCAUAUUUUGCAGUCAACUUAAUUAGAAAUGAUCGCCAACGAUCAAAUCCAAGCUGCUGCGCCCGCGCAUGCGCUUCCCUCGUUGCCAGCAACUUCCGCUACCAAUCGACUUUCGUGCACUUUUGCUUGAGGAACCGAAUUCGCGCCACGAAUGAAUUCUUCUCGAAUUAGUUGUGAACGGAUUGAAACAUCCACACAGUGCGUCCAUCACGACCUUAAAGAACUCAAACGAACUAACUAACUACACAUCUUCGUGUCCGGAUGUACUCGUCUUGGUGGUGCACGUUGAAGUUUCUCGGCCUAGUUAGCUUAACUUAGUUCGCUAGCCGCGUUUGUCAGCAACGCAUCGCAAAUUCGAGAUCGCCUGUAAAAGCGGUGUGAUUAUCGUGUGGAAAUGUGUGCAAGAACGCCAGCAAAGGACGAGAAGGAACUUUCUGGAUCGAAAGAGGAGGACGAGCCACAACGUCAACUUGUGGACGCUGUUGGCGCGCAGCCUCGUGUUGCGGUACACAGAGCAGACAUCACUGAAGAUCUUCGUCCUGAGCGGCAGGAGCCAGAGCCCCCUCACAUUAAUGAGGAAGUGGAGGACAAAGAGGUCCACCACAUCAAAGAGGAAGAGGAGCCCAUUUUGAUCAACAAAGAAGAGGAAGACGCAUGCCCCCACAUCAAGGAGGAAGAGGAGGCGGAUAUCACCAAGUUUCCAUCGACUGGUGUCCCCUUGAAGAGUGAAGAUGAAGGUCAAAGUGAGGAGAGCAGAGAGGCGGAGCCUCAAAGCAGCAGCUCAAGUCAACACAUGACAACAGAAGGUGGUGAAUCACGAGCAGACGGCCUCAUAGCUCCUCUAUCCGACAGUGACGACAUGACAUCAGACUCUCCUUACACUAAUGAUGUCGAUGAACAGUUUGAAGGUGAUAUGACAUGUCACAUUGACAGCAAACGAUUGAAAUGUUCUCAGUGUGGGAAAACUUUUGUUCGUAAGGGUCAUUUGAAACAACACAUAAGAACGCACACUGGAGAGAAACCUUUUUCCUGCUCAGAUUGUGGUCAACGUUUCUCUGAAAAGGGAAGCUUAAAAAAACACACAAGAUUACACACUGGUGAGAAACCUUUUUCCUGCUUAGUUUGUGGUCAGAAAUUCUCUGUGAAGGGAAACUUAAAAAUACACACAAGAACGCAUACUGGUGAGAAACCUUUUUCCUGCUCAGAUUGUGGCCAAAGAUUCUCUGAAAAGGGAAACUUAAAAAAACACACAAGAACCCACACUGGUGAGAAACCUUUUUCCUGCACAGUUUGUGGUCAAAGAUUCACGCAGAAGGGACACUUAAAAUUACACACAAGAACCCACGCUGGUGAGAAACCUUUUUCCUGCUCAAUUUGUGGUCAAAGAUUCUCUGUGAAGGAAAACUUGAAAAUACAUACAAGAACGCACACUGGCGAGAAACCUUUUUCCUGCCCAGUUUGUGGUCAAAGAUUCUCUGUGAAGGAACACUUGAAAAUACAUACAAGAACGCACACUGGUGAGAAACCUUUUGUCUGCUUAGAUUGUGGCCAAAGAUUCUCUGUGAAGGGAACCUUAAAAAAACACACAAGAGCGCACACUGGUGAGAAGCCUUUUGUCUGCUUAGACUGUGGCCAAAGAUUCUCUGUGAAGGAAAACUUAAAAAGACACACAAGAGCACACACUGGACGCUACAGUGACUUGUCAGGACACGCUGGAGAGACUACAUCCUUCGGCUGGCCUGGGAACGCCUCGGGAUCCCCCCGGAAGAGCUGGAUGAAGUGGCUGGGGAGAGGGAUGUCUGGUUGUCCCUCCCAAAGCUACUGCCCGCGCGACCCGACCUCGGAUAAGCAUUCCCGCCAACAACACAGCUUCCAGUCUAUUUCCGGCAAAAAGCACAAUGUCACAUCCGCUGUCCACUUCCGGCACCACUCGACGACAUCACGCCCGAUCUACUUCCGACAACCCGCGUCACUUCCGGCGACCGAUGAGAGCGGAAAGUGUUUUGAUCGGCGUGUGAAAAUGUGUGCGAGAAGGACAGCAGAGUACGAGGAUGAACUUUGUGGCCCAAAAGAGGAGAAGGAGCCACAUCGGCAACUAGUGGACGCUGGGUUCAAUCUGCAGGCUCGAACUGUGCCACGCAGAGCAGACACUGAAGAGCUUCGUACUGAGUGGCAGGAGCCAGAGCCCCCUCACAUUAAAGAGGAAGUGGAGGACGAAGAGGUCCACCACAUCAAAGAGGAAGAGAAGCCUAUUUCAAUUAAAAAAGAGGAGGAAGAAGCGCACCCCCACAAACAGGAAGAGGAGGAGGAUAUCACCAAAUUUGCAUCGACUGGUGUUUCUUUGAAGAGUGACGAGACCAGAGGGGCGGAGCCUCCAGGCAGCACCUCAAGUCAACACAUGAAAACAGAAGGUGAUGAAGACCACUGUGGAGGAUCACAAGCAGAUGGCCUCUCAGCUCUACGAUCCGAUAGUGACGAUAUCAUGUCACACUCUCCUCACACUGAUGAAAAUGAUGAUAAACAGUGUGAAGGUGAUAUAAGAUGUCACACUGACAACAAACGAUGGAAAUGUUCUCAGUGUGGGAAAACAUUUGCUUAUAAGAGCAUUUUGAAAGAACACGUGAGAACACACACUGGUGAGAAACCUUUUUCCUGCUUAGUUUGCGGUCAAAGAUUCACUAAAAAGGGAAGUUUAAAAAUACACACAAGAACCCACACCGGUGAGAAACCUUAUUCCUGCUCACUUUGUGGUCAAAGAUUUUCCGAAAAGGGAUACUUGAAAAUACACACAAGAACCCACACUGGUGAGAAACCUUUUUCCUGCUCAGUUUGUGGUCAAAGAUUCUCUAUGAAGGGACACUUAACAAUACACACAAGAACACACACUGGUGAGAAACCUUUUUCCUGCUCAGUUUGUAGUAAAAUAUUCUCUGUAAAGGAAAGCUUAAAAUUACACACAAGAACACACAGUGGUGAGAAACCUUUUUCCUGCUCAGUUUGUGGAAAAAGAUUCACUCAGAAGACAGAUUUAAAAAAACACACAAGAACCCACACUGGAGAGAAACCUUUUUCCUGCUCAGUUUGUGGUCAAAGAUUCACUCAGAAGGGAAGCUUAAAAAUCCACACAAGAAGACACACUGGUGAGAAACCUUUUUCCUGCUCAGUUUGUGGUCAGAGAUUCUCUUAUAAGUAUCAAGCUAAGACACAUGAGUGUGCUGGUGAGAAUAGCAGUGAUCAAGAAGCUUUUAAUGCAAAUGUAAAUGUUUUUAAAAAACCAAAAUUACUAUGUUACUGACUUACAAAAAGACGCACAAUUGUCAAAAAAAAAUAAUGUACCGGCAUUACCAGAUAACUAGCAACCCUUUACUGCUCAGUGACUGUUUUUUUUUUGUCAAUGUCUUUCUGUCUCCAAAGUGUUCUCGGUCAAUUGACCGUCUGUUGUCGUCCUCGAGCGGCUCCAACUACCCGAGACAAAUUCCUCGUGUGUUUUUUGGACAUACUUGGCAAAUAAAGAUGCUUCUGAUUCUAUUCAAGAAACUUUCAUUGAAAAUGUAAAUGUUUCAUAUCAUUAGUAAUGACUAUCAAAAAAAAAUAAAAUCUAUAUUUGUGUCUUUUACCUACCACAUUUAUCUUCAUGUUGUCUUUUCUAAAAGCUUCCUGUGGACAGAUGUUGAGAAUUUGCACUGGUGCCAAAAUACACAAAAUCAUGCAUUCCUUGUUCCCCCCAAAUUUUGUCAUGUCCAUUUCCAAUAAAUGAUCGAUUGAGUGAACUAGACGAAAGACGCUUUUCGUGGUCAACUGUAAAGUGUACAGCAUAUGUGAUGCAUAAUAAAAUACACUUCUUCAAA